GCUUCAGUAGAGGGCAGGGCAGCAUUGCACCACGCACUCAUGAAGAGCGGAGCCGUACACUUUUGAACGCUGUUUGAGUGUCUGGUGCACGUGCCUCUGAGGGAAUCUAAAGGGUUGAUUACAGUUUGUUUUACUUCGAUAACGUUACCUAAACCAGUCCGGAUAAGUGUUCGUCAUUUCACCAUCUGAUUCAUUCGCUCUCCCUCUCAAGAAAACCCAGGUCGCUGAAUUUUUACUUGGACUUUUGCGCUGACGUUGCUGUUCCGGGUUAAAACUAGACGUCGUUGUAUGUUGAGCGGUGGUUGGAAAUUCAUGCGAUAAUAUCAAGUGACUACUGAGGACUCCUUACUUGACAUCAUUUCUGGAGGAAAGCCUCAAGCUACUUCAGUCGAAAGCGGUCACGAGUUAAGUAAUAUUGAGCGGAUUUUCAACUGGGGGCGCCACGUGAGUACCCUCAGAGCGUACCCUACACGAGCUUGGAUCAGACUCUGCUGUGCCAGUGAACUCACAACCUAAUUCUUGCGAAAAGUCGGGCGAAGUCUGGGUGUUCCACGUGACUAGUGCCUACUGAGUCCUUGCCAUGUUAUUAUUGAUGGUCAGACUGAAGUGGGAAGGUUUUAGUAGUAUGGUGAACGAUUUUCUUGUAUGCAUUUCAAGAUUCUGUGAUCUGGUGCAUAUUCUACAGACUCACUGAAUGUUUAAGACGUUAUCUUGACUGUCCUUGCAGUAGCACAAUAUGUCAUCAAAUACAUAUUUUUUGCUUUGUGCCCCUGGUUUCAUUUGAACCAUGCAGGUAGUACAACCCCUGGCAAAAAUUAUGGAAUCACCACGCUUGGAGGAUGUUCAUUCAGCUGUUUUAUUUUUUAGAAAAAAGACAAAUCACAGAUGUGCCUCAAAAAUAUUUUAUGUAUAACAGAUUAACAUUCUGCUUUGUGAAACAGCUCCAAAAAAUAUGAAAUCACUCAAUCCUGAGGAAAAAAAAUAUUGAAUCACAAACCUAAAACAUCAUAAGUAGCCUACUUUGUUGUACCUCUUCUGGCUUUCAUUAUUGUUUGAAUUCUCUGAAGCAUAGUCUUCACUAAUGUAGUGUUCUUCAUCAAUCAGAUUUUAACUUUGUCAAAGAGCAGUUGACGGAUCAGCUUUGCUAGUCUGAGUGUCAUAUGUACAAUGUAGAAAUCUAGGGUGGGGGUGCAGGGUGGGUUGGCAGUGGUAGUGGUGAGAUGAUUGACUUCACUUUAGGUGUUGUAUAUUUUUGUUGGGCAGCUUGGAGCAGGUGUGACCUCAGCAUGUGGGAGGAGCAGCAGCGUGGGAUCCGGGUCACGCAGGCCGAGCUUCUCUGCAAGGAUGGCUGCGGUUUCUACGGCAACUCUGCCUGGCAGGGCUACUGCUCUAAGUGCUGGCGGGAGAAGACCCGCAAACCUGAAGUGGACGGAAGACGGGAUCAUGGCUCCCAAAGCAUUUCAGGCUCUCCUAUCACAUUCUCCAAGUUUGAGGAUAAGAAAAGUGCAGAGGCCAGCCGACGGACCAGCACCAUGAAGAGGCUCUUCUGGGGGACUCCGUCUCCUCCCAAACGCCCAGAGGGGUCAGAGGGCCAGCUGGAGGCGCUGCAGGGCUUUGAGACUCUGGAGCCUGGAGAUUUCACCAGCUUCCUGAAGCUGCUGCGGAGCCCCUCUUCCCAGCGUCUACAGUCCAGAUGCUCUGCCUUCCUCAACACGAUGGAGGCCUACCAUGACUUGCACGUGGAGAAACAGUCAGACCUGGUUCAGGAGUUUUAUCAGAACAUCACUCUUCACUUCAGCAGUCUGUCUGAAGCACAGAUAGCUCAUGUGAUGGAGCACAUGGAGAAGCUGAUCAUGACACGACUACAUAAAUGGGUCUUCUGCCAUGACAGCAGUGAUGAUGAGCAGAGAGACCUGGCACUACAGAGAAGGAUAAAGUCGCUGAAUUGGGUAACCCCUCAGAUGCUGCGCGUUCCAUUCCCUGAUGAAGGCCCUGAUGUCAGUGACCCUUACCUGCAUGCCAUUACAGCCAUCAUUGAAAUGGAUGCCAAGCGUGCGCCUCAGGACAAGCUCACCUGUGUCUCCAGAUGCUCCCAGAAUGUCUUCCAGGUGCUGGCCUCGUCCAGCAGCAAGCCAGCAUGCGCAGACGACUUCCUGUCGGCCUUGAUCUAUGUAGUGCUGAGUGCCAACCCGCCGCGGCUGCACUCCAACAUGCAGUACAUCAUCCGCUUCGGCCUGCCUCACAGCAUCAGGAGUGGCGAGACAGGCUACUACUUCACCAAUCUGUCGUGCUCAGUGGCCUUCAUAGAGAAGCUGGAUGCAGCGGCAUUGAACCUGAGCCCAGAGGAAUUCCAGCACUUUAUGCAGGGUCGCCAACAACACGCCCGCAACUACGCUGCCAUACCAGCCGUCUGCAGCGAGGCCCCCCAGCCGCCAGGAGACAACAGCGGGGCCCAGCAACGGGGGCAGGAGGUCCGGGCCCGGCUGGAGGAGCUGAAAGGCCGGCAGGAGCACGUGCAGCAGGGGGCGCUCUCCCUUCAGGAGCAGCUGCAGCGCUGGGUGCGGGACGUCCACCUGCAGCUGGACCGGGUCUGCACGGCGCAGCGGGAUGACCUCACGGCUACCGAAGUGCGCGCUGACGAUGACGCCGAGGAGAAGGACAUCCCAGGCUAUCGAGAGGUGCUGGUAUUUCAGGAGGAGGGGCCAGAUGACGCAUGCAGAAAGGAGACUGACUGUUGAAAUGAGAAGUAGGGGGUGUGUUUAGAGAAAGGGGUGAAAUCUCUCAACCCUAGUUUCGGACAGGACAGAUGGAUAUGGCCUGAGACAGAGGUUUGACUUUUUUUUUUUUCCCUGUAGGAUGGUCCAGAACAGGUGUCUUGAGAUACUUUACAGACAGAUAAUUAUGAAGUGAUGGUACACUCGGAGACAAACAGAAACCACUCUCUUCAGUCAGGUAUAAGUUGUAGCCUUUGUUUUUCAGCCUGUGCCAUUGUGCAUCAGACCAUACUGUUUACGUUCUCCAAAUUAUGGUUAUUUUUCAGUCAGUCAGUGGAGAUAAUUUCUUGUAGACACAUUUUCCCACUACUACGCACACGAUGAGAAGGAUGACUGAGCUUUCUCGCACUUUAAGUCUGUUUAAAAAAAAAAACUUCACUUCACCUGUUGACAUUCCUGGUCUAUGCUGCGGUGGAAGCUAUUAUCCCAAGAUGUAUGCCUUACAAUAAUUUUGAAUUUAAUUUUGAAUUCCUAUUGUUUAUAAAUAACCUUGAUAGGCCAUUGUUCUGUAUAAUAUGUAUACCAAAACAUUAUUUUUAGGGAGACUAUUUAAAGUAUUUAAGCAAAGGUUUACAUGUUGAUUUGCUGGUGAUUGGCAUUGCCUCACCCUGGUAGGUUCCCUUCUUGUAAAGGCACUAACUUAACAUAUUAGUUUUUACAGGUUUACAUAUUUUAAAUCAAGGAAUGGAAGAUCAACACAUGGGGUCGGAAAUGUGAAUGUGAAUAAUGUUAUAAGUGAAUAAAAUGAAAUUGUCAAA